GCACCCAGAACAACGGGAAACUUGAGAGGAGAGACGCUGGGAGGAGGAGGAAGUGGCGGCCCCGCCCGGCUCCGGGAUGGAAGGAAGGUUCUAGUAGGCUGACUGUGAAUGCUCGGAGAGGCAAUUAGGUCUGGAACCUCAAUGCUGACUAGUGAGGGCCUUGGGCUGCCAGCAGAAGGCGGAAGAUGGAUCAGGUGGCAGCCUUGGAGCUCAGGUCUGUGGACCUGCUGAGCCCCAGGAACAACAAGGAGCACCACACGCAGGAGAUGGGCCUGCGGCGGCUCAUCGUGCGCCGUGGGCAGCUCUUUCAUAUCCGGCUGGGCUUCCAACGGCCCUUCCAGCCCCACGCUGACUACGUCACCUUUGUGGUAGAGACUGGACCGGAACCUACCGAGCUGCUGGGGACCCGAGCCACGUUCCCACUCACCCAGGCCCCGCGUGGGAAUGUCUGGCGGGCUUCUGACUUCGCCAUCGACUCCAGCUUCCUCCAGGUCUCCCUUUCCUCCCCAGCCAACGCAGUUAUUGGCCACUACACUCUCAAGAUAGAGAUCUCUCAGAGUCAGGGGCACCGUGUGACUUCCCCGCUGGGGACCUUCACCCUGCUGUUCAACCCUUGGAGCGCAGAGGACGACGUCUACCUGCCAAGUGAAAUGCUGCUGCAAGAGUACAUCCUGAGAGACUACGGCUUUGUCUACAAGGGGCACGAAACGCUCGUCACCACCUGGCCCUGGAACUACGGGCAGUUCGAAGAGGACAUUCUCGAUAUCUGCUUUGAGAUCCUGAACAAAAGCCUGCAUUUCUUAAGCAACCCGUCCCGAGACUGUUCGCGGCGGAGCGACGUGGUGUACGUGUGCAGGGUGGUGAGCGCCAUGAUCAACAGCAAUGACGACAGCGGCGUGCUGGAAGGCAACUGGGGCGAGGACUACUCCAGGGGGCUCAGCCCGCUGGAGUGGAACGGCAGCGUGGCCAUCCUGCGGCAGUGGUCAGCGGGGGGCGGGCAGCCUGUCAAGUACGGACAGUGCUGGGUCUUUGCCUCUGUCAUGUGCACCGUAAUGCGAUGCUUAGGUGUUCCAACCCGUGUUGUUUCCAACUUCCGUUCUGCACACAAUGUGGAUGGGAACUUGACCAUUGACACCUACUAUGACCAAAACGCAGAGAUGCUGCCGACUCAGAAACGAGACAAAAUCUGGAAUUUCCAUGUCUGGAACGAAUGCUGGAUGAUCCGGAAAGACCUCCCACCCGGAUACAAUGGGUGGCAGGUGGUGGACCCCACCCCCCAGCAAACCAGCAGUGGGCUGUUCUGCUGUGGCCCUGCCUCUGUGAAGGCCAUCAGGGAAGGGGAGGUGCACCUGGCCUACGACACCCCUUUUGUGUUCGCCGAGGUGAACGCUGAUGAAGUGGUGUGGCUGUCCAGGGAUGGCCAGGCCCAGGAAGUGCUGGCCCACGAUAGCCGCUCCAUCGGGAAGGAGAUCAGCACCAAGGCGGUCGGCUCAGACCAGCGCCAGGACAUCACCAGCUCCUACAAGUACCCAGAAGGAUCUCCAGAGGAGCGCUCCGUGUUCAUGAAGGCUUCCCAGAAAAUGCUGGGGCCCAACAGGGCCUCUUCGCCGCUCCUGGAUCUCCUGGGGUCCAGGGGCUCUGAGGACCAGCCGGCGCGGCUGCGGCUUCACCUGUCCAGGACGCCCGUGUGGGGCCAGGACUUGCUGCUGAUGCUGCAUGCCCAGAGGGUGCCAGACACAGCCCACGGCCGGGGUCCCAUGGGAUUGGUGGUACGGUUCUGUGCACAGACCCUGCUGCACGCAGGCGGCACCUGGGGGCCCCUCUGGAGGCAAACGGUGCACCUGAACCUGGACUUUGGGAAGGAGAUCUGGUGGCCACUCCUGCUGCCCUACAGCACUUAUAGAAACAAGCUGACGGAUGAGAAGCUGAUCCGCGUGUCGGGCAUCGCUGAGGUUGAGAAGACAGGGAGAUCCAUCCUGGUCCUGAAGGACAUCUCUCUGGAGCCUCCCCACUUGUCGAUCGAGGUGUCUGGAAGGGCGGAGGUGGGCAAGGCGCUCAGAGUCCACAUCACCCUCACCAACACCCUCACGGUGUCUCUGAGGAACUGCACGAUGGUGCUGGAGGGCAGUGGCCUCAUCAGUGGGCAGCUGUCAGAUGACCUUGGGACGCUGGAGGCGGGACACACCAUGCAGAUUCAAGUGGACCUGUACCCCGUCAGGGCGGGGCCCCGCCAGCUGCAAGUCCUCAUCAGCAGCGACGAACUCAAGGAGAUCAAGGGCUACAAGGACAUUUUUGUCACUGCAGCGAGAGUUUCCUGAGUCCUGCCCUUCCCUCUUCUUGGCCUCCCGGUUCCCAAGCCUUCCUGGAGCCCUCCCCAGCCUCCCAGCCUCCCAGCCCCACCUUGCUCCCUGCUACUCCUGGCUGUGUUAUCUUCACUACAGCUGGGUCCUCUGCCCGGCCUGCCUGGGGGAUGGGUGGUGGUGGUGGUGAAUGCAACUCUGUUAGGACCUCUGUGCACCUUGUCAAGGGGCAGGGACGUCUCAUUCAUCGCAGGACUCUAACAAGCGGCUCCGUGCCACCAGCUGGUGCUCUUGGCCUGGCUGCCAGCAGUGUGGCUGGGCCCUCGCUGCUCCUCCUACCCUCUCUCUCCUCUCCACCCAGGGCUUCAUCCAUAAAAUAAGCCCAGCAUGAUUGCCUGUGGAGCGGCCCCUCUGGAGCUAAUCUCCCAGGUCUCUGUGCUGCAGGGGUCUUAGCAAGGGCCAUGACUGUGACUGCAGCACCCCCUAGGCCACUGACCAAAGCUGCCCAGCCUGCUUUCUUUGCUGGUGGCCCACUAGCCUUCCGGAAGGGUGAGGCAGCUGCCUUCCCACGGGCAGUCAUUCAGCAAACACUGGCUGUGGCAGGCGUGCGGCAGGCCCCCCACCCCACCGCAUGAUGACCUGGCUGGCUCCCUCCAGCCACAGGCCCUGGCCUUUGCCAGCCCCAGCCUGCUGCUCUGCCCCCCUCACCCCAACCUCGCAGCCUCUCCUCCUUGGUGUCCCCUGUUUCUGUUAUUUUAGGGACAAAGGGAACCAUUCUUUUGUAUAGCCCCCCUCCCCAGUGGUUAUCGAAACCAUUCAUGCUCAUUCCAGACAAUUUGGAAAGACAGCGAAGUGAAAAGAAACUAAGAGAAAAACCACAGCACUGCUCCUCCGGAGGAAAUCCCUGCCGAUAGUGCCGAAGCGGCAUUCUGGGCCUCCCCUCCCACUGUGUGUGCACGAGCAUUUUAAGUCACCACUGCGGGUGUUUGGUGCCACUGUUAAACUGCUUGGGACACCUGCAUCCCAUACCUGAGAGCCUGGGUUCCAGCCCCUGCUCCACUCCUGAUUCCAGCUUCCUGCAAACGUGCGCCCUGCGAGGCAGCAGGCGAUGGCUCAAACAGCCAGGC